CCACCGAUUAGAAGACCGCCCACCACAGACAGUCGGCCCGAGACCCCUUAUAGAUUUAAAAAGAGAGGCUGCAUUCACAGACUGACAUUCAUUCAACUCAGCGAUCGUAAGCAGAUUACUUUUCCGCUGCCUGUUUCUUCACUCCGGUUCACUUUGCCUUCAUCAUGCUAAGGAUGCUAAAGAGAUAUCAGCUCCACCCGGGCAUGAUUUUAUUAUUUAUAUGGCUAAGUCAUUUAAUUGAAGAUCACAAAGUGCAAGCUGGUAACUGCUGGCUACAGCAGGGAAAAAACGGAAGAUGCCAGGUUCUCUACAUGUCUGGGAUGAGCAGAGAAGAGUGUUGCAGAAGUGGCAGACUGGGAACUUCGUGGACCGAGGAAGAUGUACCAAAUAGCACGCUUUUUAGGUGGAUGAUCUUCAACGGAGGAGCCCCAAAUUGUGUACCUUGUAAAGAAUCUUGUGACAAUGUGGACUGUGGCCCUGGAAAAAGAUGUAAAAUGAACAAGAGAAACAAACCCCGCUGUGUCUGUGCUCCCGACUGUUCCAAUGUUACUUGGAAAGGACCUGUCUGCGGGUCCGAUGGAAAGACCUACAGAGAUGAAUGCGCCUUGCUGAAGGCAAGAUGUAAAGGUCAUCCAGACCUGGAAGUUCAAUACCAGGGCAAAUGCAAAAAGACAUGCCGUGAUGUUCUGUGUCCGGGCAGUUCAACGUGCGUCGUUGACCAGACCAAUAAUGCCUACUGUGUGACAUGUAAUCGGAUUUGCCCCGAAGUUACAUCUCCAGAGCAGUAUCUGUGUGGAAAUGAUGGAAUCAUUUAUGCAAGCGCUUGCCACCUGAGAAGGGCUACUUGCCUGCUGGGCAGAUCAAUUGGUGUUGCAUAUGAAGGAAAAUGCAUAAAAGCGAAAUCCUGUGAUGAUAUCCAGUGCAGCGCUGGGAAGACGUGUCUAUGGGAUGCAAGAAUGGGCAGGGGACGCUGCUCACUGUGUGAUGAAGUGUGUCCUGAGAGCAGAUCAGAUGAGGCAGUGUGUGCCAGCGAUAACACCACGUACCCCAGCGAGUGUGCCAUGAAGAAGGCCGCUUGCUCUGUGGGCGUUCUUCUGGAAGUUAAACAUUCUGGAUCUUGCAACUCCAUUACUGAAGACCAGGAGGAAGAGGAAGAAGACGAAGACCAGGACUACAUGGCUUAUAUCCAUUUAUCUCCAUUACUGGACGGGUAAACCUCCAUCACAAGGAAUUAUGUCCAUACUGUACAUAAGUGUAUGCUUAUUUAUUUUUUAAGAAAAAGGAAGUAUACAUAUAGUUGAGUCUGCUAGAUGUUUAUUUAUACUGUGUUGUGUUUUAUAAUUUAUACAUUUACAAUGUCUGGCUGACUAUAUACCAUGUUAUUUUGUAUUUUUCAUUGUUGUUUUUUUGGUUUUGUUUUAUGUUUCCUUCCUUUUUUAUUUUUAAAGAAAUAUAUUUGUCCAGAGAGAAGCAGUGUUAUUUAUUGUGGUGUUCAAUGCUACCAUGUAAAGUAUAAUUCUUCUGCAAGCUGUAAAUUGCAUUCCAUGAGCUGUAUAAAGCUGCUUAUUACUGUCAUUUUCUGUAUCACAGAUGUUUAUUUCACACAAAAUCGCAUGUUAGCCUGUGUGUUUAUUUAUUGGAAAUCUGUCUUUCAUUAAUGUACAUAAAUGUUUCAGGUUUUGUUUACAACUCAUUAUAACUGACCAAAGGGAGUAUUUCAAUCGUUCUGCAAAAGUACAGUAUAUGGUGCAGCACAGUAAAUCAAAAGGAAAAGGUAUUUUUUCUCUCAAAAUAAGCCAUUAUUUCCUCAUGUUGUAAGGCAGAGGACUGACAGACACCUAGUUGUGUUUCUUGAUCUUCAGUAGAAUUUAUUUUGUACUUUUAAGAUCAAAAUAUCAAAAGUUUUUGGAAGAUACUUGAUUGAAUUAAAAUGUGCCAUUAUAUUUCUUGUUAUUAAGGUAUUUUUUAUUUGCAUUGAGCAGCAUAUAACUUUUUGCUACCAUUUUUAUUUUUUCAUUUUCAAUAAUGUACUGCGCCAUAUUGCUCUUGCGGAGUUCACAAAAUAAUCAGAUAUCCAGCAUUAAUUAACAUUAUAUCAUUCUGUAUCACUUUGUUUUUCUCACUUUUACAAAAUGUGUUUUUUUAUUUCAAA